AUAAAAGAAAGAGGAGCCGUCAUUCAAUAAAUCAAUGUACACGGGCCUUAUUAAAAAGUUUAAAAAUAUGAAAACUCUUCAAAAAUAAAAUCUCAAAUACAACAAAAAUAAAAUUGCAUAUAUUUGAACCUCUCGAGAUCCCAAACCCUACUUCGACUCAGAUUAAUAUUGGUUGUAACCUAUAAGUUGGAAGGAUACUGUUACUUGUUUUUAAAUUUUAUUGAUUUUGAAAGUUUCUUUUAAUGGAAAAUCUUACACCCACCCCAUGAUUUUUUGUUUAACAAUAAAUACCUCAAUUUUUCAAAACAUUAUUAUUUGUAAUUUUCGUUGAACAAAUUAGUUCUAAUAAAUCCACAAUUUCGCAUACAAUAAACAUGGGGGGUGAUUUCUCAGACUUUAUAUUCAAAGUGGAUGAUGAAUCUGAUAACGAUGAAAUUAUUGAUAUAAUUGAUGAUCAUGAAGAUUCUUCGAGCAUCAACGAUGGAGAAAGUAUUAGUCGUACUCAUUAUGGUAGCAGCGUCGUUGCUGAUGGUAGCAGAGUCGUUGCUGAUGGUCACUCCUAUUCAGAACAAUGGCCGCGGAGUUACAAAGAAACAACAGACUCGCUCUCAAUUGCUGCAUCACCAAAUGGCAUUAACUUUCUUAAACAAGCACAAAACAUAACUCAAAACAUUACACAAAGCAUAACCAAUAUUACUUCGAGCCAUCAAGAUCUCGGUGCCAAGGCGCCUUUGCUUACUCCUAAUGAUAAAUCCAAAGAACAGUUUGACAAACUUUCUAGCACUUUAACAUGGUCAACAAUAGGGAAAUCAUCUUUCUUUCAUACUUCAGGGGAACAGAUUACUCAUGGAUGCAAUGUCACACAAACUGUUUUUAAUGGGUUCAGUUUAUUUGUUGGCAUCGGACUUCUAUCAGUGCCAUCUACAAUACAACAAGGAGGUUGGGCAAGUGUAGGAUUAUUACUUCUGUAUGCAGGAAUUUGCUAUUUUACAGGCUAUCUUCUGAGGAGAUGUAUGGAAAUCAACAAAGACAUCGUUACUUUUCCUGACCUUGGAGAAGCCGCUUUUGGAAACUUUGGCCGUGUUUUUGUAUCUAUCCUCUUCUAUUGGGAGUUAUAUUUCAGUCUUGUGGAAUUCGUUACGUUAGAAUCAUCUAAUCUUGCUAAACUAUUCCCAAAUGUCUCCUUACAAUGGGGUGGGAUUUACCUUGGCCCGGUUUACUCUCUUGGAAUAAUUUCUGCUCUCAUUGUUCUACCAAUAUGCUACCUCAGAGAUUUUCGCAAAAUCUCCUUCAUUUCUGCUGGUGGCGUACUUGGAGUAGUAUGCAUAGCACUUUCACUACUUUUAGUCGGUACAACAACUGAAAACAUUGGAUUUCAUCAAACUGGGCCUUUAGUGAAGUGGAAUGGCCUUCCCUAUGCUUUUGGUGUGUUCGGUUUUUGCUACUCCGGACAUUCUAUCCUUCCAAACCUGUAUCAUUCAAUGUCAGACAAGAAGAAAUUUCACAAGGCACUGACAAUAAUUUUUGCAUUGUCUAUCUCAGUGUACCUCCUCGUGGCAAUUUCGGGGUUUCUCAUGUUUGGUGAAGACACAGACUCUCAAAUCACACUUAAUCUACCAGCGAACUCUGUUGCUACAACAAUUACUCUGUGGAUGACGGUUCUGAGUCCCUUCUUCAAAUAUCCCUUACUGUUAAACCCUUUGGCUAGGAGUCUAGAAGAGUUGUUACCACCACAUUUAUCCAACAAUUGGUGGUGCAUAAUUCCUCUAAGAACUGCUCUUGUAGUUUCGAGUGUCUGUGUUGCGUUCCUGGUACCCUUUUUCGGUUAUGUGAUGGCCUUUGUAGGAUCGUUGGUGUGCUUACUAGCGUCUAUUGUAGUACCAGCUCUCGGCUAUGUAAAAAUAGCGAAAAAUUUGUCAUCCAUACAGAUUAUCAUGUGCUAUGCAGUCGCGGUGAUGGGACUCACAGUGGCGGUUCUUGGGACGUAUUCUUCAAUCUACAACAUCAUCCACAGUUAUUGACACACUGAUACACAACAUCUGACUCAUUACGUAGAUUAGAUUUUCAAUUGAGAGAUUUAAUUAUGACUAAUUCCUUACAAAACCAUAUGUAAUUAUCCAAUUUUGUACCAUUUUUUCUGUUUUUUUCCCGUUUGUGUGUGAGCCCCAUAACAACCUACUGCAUGA